UCGGCGAGCUCGCGCGAACGAUGGCCCUGCACGUCAGACAGCCUACGUGGUGCUUCGUCAAAAUUCGUCCCUUGGCCGAUUAAAUGGUCACUUUAUUUUUAACGGUAAUAACAAUUUCGGAGUCACACGUCACGCGCGUCACGCUAACAACACAUGGAAGUACAGCCUUGCUCGGGUUCGGCUACGUGAUGUUCCGUGUGUACAAUACGUGUGCGCUGGAGGCUCAACAUCCUCCCCAAGGAGUGGAUAAAUAUUGUUAAAAUAAGCGCAUAAUGUGCUAAACUACGGGUGAUGAGUAAAACAAGUGUCGUAGUCCCUGCAACUGCUACUAACCGACUGUUGGACCGUUUGCACAUCUGCCACGAAAAACGGAGUCCCGGAUCUUCCUAAAGUGUUCCAGAUCUUUGACGCGCAGUGGGAUCGGUAUGUAGUAGCCGUAUCGUUAGCGGGAAAAUCAGCACGAUAUAUAUAGAUGCCGUCAGCCGCGCCGAGAGAGGCCCACGAAGGAAGCGGGCGAGCUUACGCACCACGCUGAUCACCACCGCACCGCAGGAUCGCGCGGACCAAGAUCGGCAUCGUAGGCAAAGAGGGUCCAAUUCGUUCCGAGUGUGUAUAUAUACCCAUAUAUCGUCAACGACAUCGUAGCGGCGGGGCCAGGAUGUUCCGCUCAAAGAUGCGGAUACACACGUGCCAGGUGAUCCUGCUCACCUCGCUCGUGUGGUUCCUCGUGGACGUGGCCAUUCUCAUGUUCUACUCGGACUGCAUAAACGGGAGCGGCUGGAACUGCCAGUCGGUGAAGAGCAAGCCGAUGAGUCUGCAGUUGGCCGGCUCGGACGAGCUCGAGGCCGUCCGGCUGGGGAGCGGCGCGAAAACCGAGGCCCAGAGUCCGCAAGUGCAGCCGGAGGAGGAGAAGGAGGAGGAUAAGCAGCAACCGGAGAGGCGGACGUACAAGCCCAGUCAGUUGAAACCGUGGCGGCCGGCCAAGAUAGUCCGUGAGGGCAGGGACAGGCCCGGGGAGAUGGGCAAAGCCGUGCAGAUACCCGAGGAGGACGAGCCGCGCCAGCAGGAGCUCUUCAAGCUCAACCAGUUCAAUCUACUGGCCAGCGACAUGAUAUCCCUCAACCGGUCGCUCAAGGAUGUCAGGCAGAGCGGCUGCAAGGGCAAAAGGUAUCCGAAACUACUGCCCGACACGAGCAUCGUCAUUGUCUUCCACAACGAGGCCAAGAGCACGCUCCUCAGGACCGUGUGGUCCGUCAUCAAUCGCUCGCCAAAGUCCCUCCUCAAGGAGAUCAUUCUCGUCGACGACGCCAGCGAAAGAGAGCACCUGAAGCAAGAGCUCGAAGACGAGGUCGAAGCACUUCCUGUGCCAACCUACGUGUACAGAACGGAGAAGCGCUCGGGUCUCAUUAGAGCUAGACUGUUGGGGGCGAAACACGUCAAAGGCCAGGUGAUUACCUUCUUGGACGCCCAUUGCGAGUGCACGGAGGGCUGGCUGGAGCCUCUGUUGGCUCGAAUAGCCUACGACAGGAAAACCGUGGUCUGUCCCAUCAUCGAUGUCAUUAGCGACGAUACCUUCGAGUACAUAACCGCGAGCGACAUGACCUGGGGCGGCUUCAAUUGGAAACUCAAUUUCAGAUGGUACAGAGUGCCCCAAAGAGAGAUGGACAGGAGGAACGGCGAUAGAACGGCACCUCUGCGGACGCCGACCAUGGCGGGUGGACUGUUUUCUAUUGAUAAGAAAUAUUUUUAUGAACUUGGUGCUUACGACGAAGGUAUGGACAUAUGGGGUGGAGAGAACCUCGAGAUGAGCUUUAGGGUUUGGCAGUGCGGCGGUACCUUAGAGAUCAGUCCGUGUUCCCACGUCGGGCACGUGUUCCGCGACAAAAGCCCGUACACGUUUCCCGGAGGCGUGAGCAAGAUCGUCCUGCACAACGCGGCCAGAGUGGCCGAGGUCUGGAUGGAUGAGUGGAGAGACUUUUACUAUGCCAUGAAUCCAGGGGCACGAAGCGUCACGGUGGGCGACGUCUCGGAGCGCCUGAAGCUGAGGGAGCGACUGCAGUGCAAGAGCUUCAGGUGGUACCUGGAGAACAUUUAUCCCGAGUCGCCGAUGCCGCUGGACUAUUAUUACCUCGGCGACAUACAAAACGCCGACGGCCAGGGUCCGGACAGGGUUCAGAACUACUGUCUCGACACCAUGGGCAGGAGAACUGGCGAGAACGUCGGGCUAAGCUACUGCCACAGUCUCGGCGGUAACCAGAUAUUCGCGUACACGAAGAGGCAACAAAUCAUGUCGGACGACAUGUGCCUGGACGCGACGAGCCCUUCGGGGCCGGUGAAGAUCGUUCGCUGCCACGGGAUGGGAGGCAACCAAGCGUGGAUAUACAACGACAGGACGAAAACGAUCAAGCACGUGAAUACGAAGCACUGUCUGGCCAAGCCACGAGGCAACGGGGCAUCCCAGCCGAUCCUGGAGCAGUGCGAUUCCGACGAAAUAAGGCAAAAGUGGAUAAUGAAGAGCGAGUUCAAGUGGCAGGCCAGCUAGUAGACGGUGAAGGCCGACAAUGUUAUUUCCCAACUUCUCCGAGGAGGGUCGGAUACAAACGAGAGCAAUGGAGCGCAAAUCUCUCGCUAAAUAUCAACUUGCGCGCUCAAAAGUAGCUUUUACUCUUUGCAUGGGAACGGGCUUUUUCAUUACAUUGCCCUCGAUUCAAGAACAUUUUUUUACAUGCCUGACAAGUGCGAUUUACGCGUGUAUGGGUGCGUGUACGUUAUACUUGGUUUUUAUCCUUGACGCCGCGUUGC